ACUUUCGUUUCCCUCUCUGUUUUCUUCAUAAAGGCAGCGCGCAGUUAUUUGUACGGUGAAUGUUCCAUUAAUCACUUGAAACUCUUCAACCUUCAGUUCAAAACACUGAAAGUACUUUUCAAGUGUUUGUCUCUAGUGCGAAGUGCAUCGUUUCCAGUCGGUUCGUUAGCAAAGCGGCCAGAAGAUGGCAGCAGUGAUCACUGAAGAUGACGUGGUCAGCGAGGCCGAAAUGAAUGGCGCGCCUCCUGCUGGCGGAAAAGACGAAGUGCAUUUACCCGGUCCUGAAGGCAACAUACAGGGACAGGUGGAGGAGUUUCUCGGCCCACAUCCUGACUACGAUGAAGAGGAGGAGGAGCGCAAGUACUACAGACGAAAGAGGCUGGGCGUAGUGAAGAAUGUGGUGGGGGCCAGUUGCGGAGGAAUGAUUAUCUACAGUGUUUACAUGGGUCUGUUGCAGAUGCAGUUAAUUCUGCACUAUGAUGAGACGUACCGUGAGGUGAAAUAUGGCACCUUAGGGCUGGAGGAUAUCGACAACAAAAUGCUGAUGGGCAUCAACGUUACGCCGAUUGUUGGCCUUCUCUACACGCCUGUGCUGAUCAGAUUUCUGGGCACCAAAUGGAUGAUGUUCCUGGCUUCUGGAAUCUAUGCGCUCUUUGUUUCAACCAAUUACUGGGAGCGAUACUACACUUUGGUACCAUCAGCUGUGGCCAUUGGUGUCGUCAUAGUUCCGCUGUGGGCAUCACUGGGAAACUACAUCACCAGAAUGGCCCAGCAGUACUAUGAGUAUGUGAACUAUAAGGAGGAACAUGUCCAGGAGCAAAAGAAGCCCCCCAAAGGAGCCUUCCAUACUUACAUCAUUGUUUUCCAGUCUGUCUUCUACAUCAUCUUCCAUCUGAGUUUUGUGUUUGCCGAGUUUCCCAUGGUGAUGUUCCUUAACAACUAUCUGAAUGAUUUCCAACACACUCUCUACAAAGUCUCACAGUGUGGCGCUGAUGGGAAAGGUGUGAUAGAGAAUUUUAAUAAAACUGUUUUGUUCAAGUUGCCACGCUCUCUGCUGCUAAUCGAAGUGGAGAGUGUGCUCAUGGGUGCAGCUUUCCUCGCCAUGAUCAUCUUCCUUCUGCUGUGUGGAGCUGCAUAUCGGCCCACAGAGGAAAUUGACCUCCGUAGCAUCGGCUGGGGCAACAUCUUCCAGCUGCCCUUCAAGCACUUACGAGACUACCGUAUUCGUCUGCUCUGUCCAUUCUUCAUCUACUCAGGCUUUGAGAUGCUCUUUGCUGUCGAGGGAUUCAUGCUGUCAUAUGGAGUGUGUGCAGUAGGGAUGGAGAAGCUCUGGUUAUUGGUUAUGGUGUAUGGUUUGUCAGCCUCCAUCUGUUCGGCUCUGUCCCUGACUCUCCUGCGAUUGCCCAGGCCGGUUAUUCUCCUCGCGGGAGCCUUCGUGCACUUUGUUCUGCUCAUAGCCCUCAUGUGCUGGUCGCCCACACCAAGAAAACCUGAAUAUCUGCCUUAUCUGCUGGUACUUUCUGCCCUCUGGGGUCUGGGCACUGCACUCAAUAAGACUGGACUGAGCACUCUGCUGGGGAUGCUGUAUGAGGAUAAGGAGCGACUAGACUUUGUUUAUACCAUCUACCACUGGUGGCAGGCCAUUGCCAUCUUUAUCGUCUACCUUUGGUCUGCAUUGCCUAUGAGGGCCAAACUCGGACUCCUGCUGUUGACUCUCAUAGUAGCAUCUUUCUGCUACGUGCAAAUGGAGCGUCGCUUGAUGCAGAAAAUCCCGUUCAGGUUGCCACGGAUUCCCCGUCCACGACAUAAGGUGAAAGGAUACCGAUACCUCGAAGAAGAAAACUCGGAUGAAUCAGACACUGAUCUGAGUGAUGCUGAUGAUGAGAAAGAGGAGGAUGAGAGAAUGUUGGUUGAGGAGGACAGGAAUACAGAUGCCGACUCCCAGGGUUCACCGGGACCAGAGAGGAACGGGGUUAGAGAUCGCAGGAGGAGACAAGACAACGCUGCCUACGAGCAGGCAGGAGAGAGAGAGGACUAUAUCCAGCACAUGAGAGAGUGAAAAAGGAGAGGUGAAAAGGUAUAAGGAGAGUGGAAACAGUUGGAGAAGUUGUAAAAUACUGAAUUGCCAGACUGAAGGAGAAGUGAUGGCAUGAAAAAAAUACUCAUACUUUAAAGACAUUAUUAAAAAUACAGAAAGGGAAAGUGUGGGCCUCGUAUGAAAACUGAAGGUCAGAAAAUAAUCCACGGUGGAAAAAAGCAGAAGUGACACAAGCAUUUCAUAGAAAUGGGAAGUGAAAAGAGGAAGUUGCUUAUACCUUGUAAGGUUAGUUGGUUUGUUGCCAUAGAAAUAGAAUACUCUCUAUUUUGAACUUCGUAAAGGUGGUGUGCUCAUAUUUUGCAUUUCAUUUCAAUUCCUUUUUGUACACUUUUCUUUUCUUUCCAACCUUACAGCUUAUUUAACAACUUUAAAAUUGUUUCUUUCUCCACAAGAAGAGUUAAAAACAUUUUUUUUUGUGUAUGAUGGCCUACAAACCAAUGUUACGUUUUGUAUAAACAUGACAAGAUGUGAUUCAAAAGUUUGCUUUUCUAAUGUUUAGAAUGCUUUUUUGAAAUAUAGUAAUAUACAGUAGUUUGUGAUCCGUUUUCCAGAAUUUUUCCUACAUUUUGAAGAAUGUUGAUGCUUUUUUUUCCCCCUUCUAAUGAAAGCGAAUGGGGACCGUAUAUUCUGCCCAACAUCUUUUGUGUUUCAUGGAAUAAAAAUAAAGGUGUGUAACAACA